GCUUUAAUGAAUUUUCGUCGCAGGAGUACAGUUGGUUGGAGUAUAGGUAAUAUUAUAUUAGAUUUCACUGGAGGGAUUCUAAGCAUUGCACAAAUGUUGAUUAUAGGAUACAAUACGGAUGAUGUUAGUAGUAUAACUGGAUCACCAAUCAAACUUGGAUUAGGUAUUUUAUCGAUUGGAUUUGAUAUUUUAUUCAUGGUACAACAUUGGUGUUUAUAUCCAUCAUCAACAUCAUCAACAACAGCAUCCUCCUCGUCGUCAUCAUCAUCAGUAACUCCUUCAUCACAGUCAUCAUCAGAGAAACAAAACAAAUCUGAAAAAGCGUAAUCUUAAAGUAGAAGUAACACAAUAAUACUAUUGGAAAUAUUAAUUUUAUAUGCAAAUGAAACAGAUCAUCUAUUUCAUAUAUAGAUAUCUUUCCUCUUUUCCUUGCU